UUUGCCAUUUCCGGGAGUUUCAAAAAUGUGAUUUUUGUAAACAAUUUAUGAAUAUGAGUGUCCAAAUAGUUUUUCUUGUCGAUACAGAUUUAAAAAACAACGUCAGAUCAUCAACAGUAUUAACAAAGUCUAUCUGCUUGUCUUGUAUACGGUUGUUAAGUCAUUUGUCCUCCUAUCUUGACAAAAACGGUGUGACCAGAAAAUCGAAACAAAAUUAUCAGAAAUUGAAAUGGGGUUAUAAGUUCUUUAAUACUAAAACUCAUCACACCCGGAUAGAAUCUCACAAAUUGUAUGAUUUUAAAGUAAGACAUUUUGAAGAAUUUGAAAACGAAUUACUGAGAAAAUUUCAAAAUGUGGACACAACGAAAGGGAUAGCGUCGAAAAGAUUCAAGCCAGCUGACAGCUUGAACAAAGCUUUCACUGAAAUACUUGCAGAUUUUAAAUGGGAGUCUCAAGACUUCUGGUCACCCAUUAAAGGCAAACAGUUAAGAAAAGAUUGCAGUGAAAAAAGGCAUUUAGUUGUCUUAUUUACAAACUGCCCGAAAAACUUUCAACAACUGAAAGGCUUCACUGGAAAAAGAGUCUUAGAUGAAGAGAUAUUUUUGAACUCACUGUUUCCUAACACUCUAUUUGAACAAUUCUUCCAGAUUGCCAAAUUAAAUUUAUAUUGGAUAGAUACACAUUGUAAUGACACAAUUCAGGAUGAUAUAGAUCUUCAGGCACUUGAGAUUGUUCAAAAGUCUGUGGAAAAGACAGGAGGAGGUGUAGCAUCCUUGCAGGCUGUUGCUGAUUAUGGUUGCCCAUAUUUCACAAACAUCCAGGGUCUACUCGAAGAGGAGGGACAGGAUAAUGUUGGGGUUAAAUGCUCUGGUCAGUCCUUUCAGUUGUUGCCAUUAGCAACAGUAGCCAAAUCAUUUGCUUUUCCAUGUGACAACAAACUGUUGCAAAAAGAUAAGAAACUGCAGGAUGAAAAAUGUAUUGCUAUACAAAUAGGAAAUAAGACAUUGGAAGUUUUGGCUACAAGACAAAUUAUUGUAAACCAUGCAAAUAUAUCACAGAGGAAAACAAGUCCACCAGGAAAUGAACAUUAUAGUUGUUACCUCCAGUCAGAUGUACUACAGGGCUAUGCUGUUUUAAAGAAGAGCUUAUUGGGUUUUAGUUUUCCUGUUGUAGCAAGUUACCUGUGUUCAGAGAAGGUUAAAGCAGACACCGGGAAAACAACAGCAGGAUAUGUGGAGGGAAUGCUGGGAAAAGUUGUCCAAGAGCUUGUCUCCAGAAAUUACAUACUGGUGUUGGUAUGUAACAAGACUGGACAACUGAUUCUGAUGGAACCACUGACCUCUCAUACAGCCACUUUGUCUGUACUGUCUGUAGACACCACUCUAUGUGUAGAAAAACAACUGCUGUUACAGGCCACCUGUAAACAGACUGUCUCCGGUACAGAUGAAGACAAACAGAAAUUUGUUGAUGAAAUGGUUGAUAAACUGGUGGGCUCUGUUCAUGUGCCCAGAGGGAAUGAUGUUGGAGAGUGUGUUGAAGGGAAACAUUUAGAUGGAUUACAGCUUGAUCGUCAUGUGGUGCCAGGAUGCUCUAAGUCUGUACAGAACCUCAUUUCUAAAUUAAAUGAAAGGAUAUCAGAAUUGGAUUUCUUGUCAUCAGAUGAAGUGGCAACAUUGAAACAGUUGAGUAAAAGCUACAGGAAAGCAAAGCAACCUCCAGGCUUGAGAGAUUCAUCUUUAACAUGUAAUACAGAAACAAAAAUGGAAGCUGUAGAUAAAGCUGUGGUAUCACAUAAUAGAGGAAAGACCUCACAUGUAUCAUUAAGUAGGACAGAUAAGAUACUGUUCAAGAGUAAGGAGAUGGUACAAGAUAAUAAACAGAAGAAAACUGUCGACAGUGUUGGUACUAAACUAGAGAGGGAUAAACCAGACUUGGCAGCUCAUUUAGCAGAUUUUCAAACUGAAGAGGAACUCAAGAAUUAUCUUACCUCCACAUAUGAGAGAGCAGCAUCAGGGGAAGUAACUGAUAUAGAUAGCUGUAUACAAUCUAUGGUCACAGUGGCACUUCAUUAUUUCAUGCUAAAAGAAGACAAAACAUGUGCAAAGGAGGACUGUAAGAAGCUUCUGAUGGAUACAUUACUGGCAACAGGUAAUCAGUUGAGAGAAAAGUACAGUCAACAUGAGCAGCUACCAUUAGAACAAAAAGUUGCAGAGUAUGAGACACAGAUUCUGGUAAGAAUGGAGAUGAUAUCUACACUAGAGGAGAAAGAGAAGACUGAGGAAUCUGAAGAUAUGGAUGAGAUUGUCAGCAUGUUGAGGACAUUGUCAUUUAUAUCAGAACCAGGACUACUAUCUAAGUUUUUGCAGUCUUCUCUCCUUCACAACUACAUGCAUACAAUACCACGGACAUUGGGCAAUAUCUAUGAUGAGCUGAUGCAGCCACUACCAGAGAGUCUUGCCAAUAUUCUCUCACCAGAAGAUGCCAGUAUGGACCAGUCUGGACUGAAUGAUGAGUCUCUAAUGAGUGAAGAUGGACUGGGUCCUCCAUCUGCAAGAACACGGUCACAUGGGUCAGUAGGACCACAGUCUAAUCAGUCAGUAAAGCUGGAUACCUCACUUAAUACAUCAAGAGGCAGUAGAAAACUGGUACAUCAUUAUAGUAUGGUAGAUUUUGGCUCAAAACGGCAAAUUGUUGUAGAUAAACUUCCAAAGCAGCAUAUGUUUAUGCCUCCACAAAGUGGGAGCAUAUAG